AUGGCCCAAAGUUCAGCAUCCAUCGCAAUUAUUGGUGCUGGACCCUGCGGUUUGACGUUCGCCCGCUUACUGGAAAAGAACAACAUCGACUUUGUGGUCUUCGAGAAAGACGUCGACUCAACUCCCACGCCGAUGUACCAGGGUGGAACCCUUGAUCUUCAUGGCUCCUCCGGACAGCAGGCGCUAAGAAGUGCAGGACUCUUCGAGGAGUUCAGCAAAUUCGCGCGGUGGGAUGCUACCAAGUUUGUUGUUCAGGAUCCAACGUGCACAUUGAAAGCCGAGUUCGGUCAGGAUCGCGACGCUCCUGAGAUAGACCGUUUCCAAUUGCGUCAACUUCUGCUGGACUCAAUUCCAUCUCAUAAGGUGCGAUGGGGGCAUGGCGUCCGGACAAUUGAGAAGGGCCCAGGCUCGGAUUGGAUUAUCAAGUUCACGAACGGCACCUCUGCAUCUGGAUUCCAGCUCAUCGUUGGCGCCGACGGUGCGUGGAGCAAAGUUAGGCCUUUGCUCACUACAGCACGGCCUGAAUAUUCUGGGAAGAUGUUCAUCGAGGGGCGGCUGUCGCACAACAACCCAAGUUACUCUGCCGCACUGGAACUGUCGGGAACCGGCAAUAUGAUGGCGUUGGGAAACGGACGAACAGUCUCGGUGCAACAGGUGUCCGAUCGGUCGUAUCGAGUCUACGUGGGCUUGGUGGCCCCGGAGAACCUGACAAAGACCACACUCAAUAUGGCUGAUACAGAGGCCACACGACAAAAGCUUCUUUCCUCGCCACAAUUUUUUGCGGACUUUGCUCCCGAAUUACAAAGCUUCAUUUCCAACGCCGAAGGUCCUUUUCGGCCCUGGCCUCUUUACCGCAUGCCCGUAUCCUCCGUCAACUGGGAUCGUGUUCCAGGUAUAACUCUCCUUGGCGACGCCGCGCAUGUGUCGACACCAUUCGUAGGCGAAGGGGUUAAUAUGGCCAUGUAUGACGCUCUCAAGCUCGCUGAGAACAUUGUCAAGCACGGGGUUGCUGCUCUCACUGAGAGAGCGCUGGCCAUAUCGAAAAUCGAGGAAGCCGUCAAGGAAUAUGAAGCGGAAAUGUUUGACCGCGCUCAAGACUUCAUCAAGCGCUGCAUCCUGAGUGAGGGGAUAUUUUUUGCUGAGGACGGGGCGCAGCAGUUCAUCGACAUAAUUGGCCAGGCUGUCGAGUUUCAGCAUCAAGGACUCUUUAGAGAAGAGAAGUGA